CACACAGAAAAAAGGAAGGAAGGAAGCAUCCACCCUUUCAUAUCAUUUCAAAACCUCUCUAUUUAUUUUACUCAAAAGUCAACUCUCUCUUUCUUCUUUCAUUCUCACUCCUCUUUUCUCUCUCCUCCAACCACCCCUCUACUUCCCUUCCCUUCCCUUCCCUGCACUCUCCAUUUUUUUCACUUCACAUUACCAACAAAUCCAAAUCAAAACACAAUUACUUUCUUUCAAUCUCUUCAUUUUUUAGCUAUGAAAAUUGGACUAUAACAGAGCUCCAUUCCUUUUUAGUACCCACAAAAAAAAUAAUAUUCUAUCCAUCAUAUUCAAUCUUCUUUUCUCAUUAAUUUAUCAUAUCUAACAAAAGAAAUGGGUAAUGGAAUCGGGAAAAUCGGAGUAUGUUUCACGGGUUCAACCGAGUUCCGACGGAGUAAUAAGCAUGAAGUUGGGUUAUACAUGGACCAAUAUGACGAAGGAUUAGGCCAUUCUUUCUGUUACGUUCGACCCGACCCGACCCGUUUUUCUAAUACUACUUCGUCUAAGAUCCAUUCUGAGGAAUCCGCUACCGGAGUUUCUAUUUUCCGAUCGAUCUCCGGUGCAUCGGUUUCUGCAAAUACAUCUACGCCGUUGUCCACCGCUUUCAUGGCAGACCCAACUGCCACUUCAGCAACCGCCGCCUUUUUUGAAAGCUCCACUUCGUUUGCUUCAGUCCCCCUUCAACCAAUCCCUCGUGGAUCAUCUAUCAAUUCGGGCCCGCUUUCGGGCUCUAUUUAUAUCGAUCGUGGGUUUAUGUCCGGACCCAUCGAACGAGGUGGGUUUUUAUCUGGUCCACUUGAUCGGGCUGGUCCUGCUCUGUUCUCAGGUCCUCUUGACCGGAGUUUAUCAGUGCAAGGAAACUGGCCCGGGCUUGGGCUUAAACCCAAGAAUAAACCCGGAUCUUUAAUCCGUGGGCUUCGACAUGCGAUCUCAAAAACUUUUGGUCAAAGCUCAGUUGCUCCGGUAAAAAGUAACGCUUCAGUAGGGCAGGAUAAUUGGGUAGUUGGUGGGCCAGGGUCCGGGCUUGGGGCCGAUGGAAGUGGUAGUUUGAAUAUGAGUUCUGAUAUGAGUAUAGAUCAUGAGAGUUAUAACUCAUGGGAAAGUCAAAAUCUCCAAUGGGCACAAGGGAAAGCAGGGGAAGAUAGAGUACAUGUGGUUGUAUCAGAAGAACAUGGGUGGGUAUUUGUUGGGAUUUAUGAUGGAUUUAAUGGUCCUGAUGCAACUGAUUUUUUACUGUCAAAUUUAUACACAAAUGUUCAGAAAGAACUAAAAGGUUUAUUAUGGGAUGAUAAUAGUAAGUUUGAUUCAUCUUCUACUUCAUCAAUUUUACCAAAUAAUAGUUUCUGUUCUGAAAGAAAUAGUAUAGAUAUUGAUAGUUAUGAAUUUAUGGAAAGACAAAAUAGUUCUGAAAGUAGCACUAGAAGUGGUAUUGAAUCAAGUGUUAAUGGAGGAAAAAGAGGAAGGAAUCCAUUAAAGAGUAAAUUUAAAGGUGCAAAUAAGAAAUGGGAAGAAAAUCAAAGGAGAUGGAAGUGUGAAUGGGAUAGAGAAAGAGUAGAAUUAGAUAGGAGAUUAAAAGAACAAUGGAAUAGUAAGAAUGGUUUAGAGGGUAAAAUAAUAAAUCAUAAUGAUGUUUUGAAGGCGUUAUCGAUUGCUUUGAAGAAGACAGAGGAUUCAUAUUUAGAUAUUGCAGAUAAGAUGGUUGAUGAAAAUCCUGAGUUAGCUUUAAUGGGUUCUUGUGUUCUUGGUAUGUUGAUGAAAGGAGAAGAUGUUUAUUUGAUGAAUGUUGGGGAUAGUAGAGCUGUUUUGGCUCAGAAGAAAGAGCCAGAUCUUAGACUUGGUAAAGUUGAUCAUGAUUUGGAAAGGAUCAAUGAGGAAUCUAUGUAUGACUUUGAAGUCUCUGAUGGUGUCAAAGCUAGUCUUAGAACUUUCCAACUUACUUUGGAUCAUUGUACUUGUGUUGAAGAGGAAGUACAAAGAAUAAGAGACGAACACCCAGAUGACGCGUUUGCUAUUGUUAAUGAUCGCGUUAAAGGCUCUUUGAAGGUCACUCGAGCUUUCGGUGCUGGUUUCCUCAAGCAGUCGAUGAAUUUGGACUAUACGCCUUUUUCGAUUAGACUAUACGCCUUUCCUUACCGCAAUUGGAAAUGUGGAACUACUGAUGUGAAUUGGGUUGUGAUCGAGAAGCCUAAAUGGAAUGAUGCUCUGCUAGAGAUGUUCAGAAUUGACUACGUUGGGACUUCACCAUAUAUCAGCUGCCUACCGUUUCUAUAUCACCACCGUUUAGGCCUAAAGGAUCAGUUCCUGAUAUUGUCCUCGGAUGGUCUUUAUCAGUACUUCACUAACGAAGAAGUUGUUGCUGAAGUAGAACUCUUCAUUUCAUUGUAUCCAGAAGGUGACCCGGCUCAACAUCUGGUUGAGGAAGUCUUGUUUCGUGCUGCGAAGAAAGCUGGUAUGGAUUUUCAUGAGUUACUAGAGAUACCCCAAGGAGAUCGUCGUAGGUACCACGACGAUGUAUCGAUCAUCAUCAUAUCUUUUGAAGGCAGGAUAUGGAGAUCAUGUGUAUAAGAUUUUACAAGAUGUAGAGAAAAGUAGGAGAAAACACCCACAUAUGACAUAACAGUUGAGUAAAUGAUCAGUUAUGGUAAUUGACAGGGUGAUAAUAGGAAAUGUAUAGACAUAAAUGAGGUAGUUAUGAAUUAUUAUGCUGAGGGAAGCCAUUAUCUUGAUAAAUAAAAGAAAAAAAAAGUUGUGAUUGUUGAAUAAAUUUGGGCCAAAUAUAUAAAAUAUUUUUGAUUAUCUUGAACAUAAUAAA